UAGUUCUCUUAGGAAACAAAUACAAAGUAAAAUUGUCUCAAUCUUGAGAAAGAAUUGACGUGUUUCGAGAAAUCAUCCCUCCCACAAGCAUUGAUAAUUCAGGCCAACGAAGGGGCUAGGCCAUUAACAUCCAUCGAGUCCCAUGAAUUUGGGCUCCAAUAUUCCAGUUCGACCGGCCAGACGAUACCUUGCCGAACUGGAAACUACGAGCUCCGCACGGCUAACACGGUGAUUUCUUCUUCUGGACCUAAAAAUCCUAGUUCACUCAAUUCGAAACCAAGGAACAUCCUCAUGGGCCGGCCCCAGCACAAAAGAAAUUCACAGCCUCGUCUCCGCCGGAGCACCCCGGAAUCUUCCUUAUCGUCCACGCCACUCGCAGUCAACGAUGACUCUAAGACUGAGAAAUUCAAACAAUCCUUCUAUGACACGAUCCGAAGGACCCAUAAACCCGCAACCUCUAACCUAGUAAGCUUAUUCGAUGGCCUGGCCAAUAACCUAGAUGAACCGCAGGGAGGAAGCGUUGAAGAAUUCUUUGCUUCAUAUGAUACUUUCAAAAGAGAUUUUCUCUUGCGUAGUAGUGAGACUAACAUUUCGGUUUGUAUUAUUGAUACAGGUAUAGAUGAGAACCACCCAGCUAUAAGAGGGGGGAUGAGGCGUGACUGUAUUAAAGGGCGACGGAGUUGGAUAGGUGACGAAGAUGAUGUUCACGACGAAUAUGGACACGGGACCCAUGUCGCCCAGCUUGUACUCAAUGCUUCGGAGAACGUUGACAUUUAUGUGGCUAAAGUUGCCAACAGUGGACACAUCGAGGAGCGGGAUUUUUGCAAAAUUGGAGAUGCAAUCCAUUACGCAACUACCGAAUGGGAUGCCGAUAUAAUCAUAAUGCCAUUCGGGUUCCCAGAAAUGGAUACAAGCGUCGAAAGGGCCAUAAGCAAAGCUAGUAACAAGCUACUCUUUGCCGCGGCAGCAAAUCAUGGUAAUCACGGCGAUAGGCCAUAUCCGGCGAAAUAUAGGAACGUUAUAUGUGUGAACGCAUCGAACGGAAAGGGAAAAGAUGGGGGGAUUAAUCCCGCUGCAACCGCCGAUGAUGAAACCGACAAUUUUAUGACUUUGGGGAUCAAUAUUCCCUUCUUCUGGAAAGGAGAUGUCUGUAAGUCGGGUACCUCGUUCGCGACCCCUAUUACGGCUGGAUUUGCAAUAAACAUACUGGAAAUUGUAAGGGCAAGGCUUGGCCAGGAGCAUUUCAACCAGCUGAGGGAAAGUGAAUAUCGAAUGCGGCGUGUAUUUAAGUUAAUGUCCGCACCUGACAAUGGCUAUAAUUUCAUCGCGCCAUGGCUUCUGUGGGGUGUAAAGUCGGAUACGUUUAUAGAGGAAGGCAUCUUGGACGCGCUACAUAACCAAUAUACCCCACUAUAACUGCUCACCCAGGUACCCAUACGUGCCUACCUACAGGCCCUGACUUCAAACUUCGUUUCUCC